UAACACAAGCCUCCAGGCGUGGUGGUGUUACUGAACAACGCAAAGAUAAGACAAACAGAAGCCAAUGUUUGGAAGGGUUAUGGGUAGACUAUUGUCCAAUGGGCUAUAGGCUAGGCACCCUAAUGCAUUUGUUUAUGAAUAACAUCCAGUUUAUAUCCCAAUGCGGUAUUUUACUUUCCAUUUAAUUCCAGUUCCAUAAUUCAUAACGGGUCCCAUCAGGCUGCGCUGCGCAUGACACAAUUUUGGUCUCAGUCGCCAGAGCGCGCAUGCACGGCGUGGCAUAAUAGCGCGUCGACGCGCAAGGUGGUGCUGAUGUGAGGGGUUCUUCUGCCGCUAGAGCAAAUGUUUAAUUUUUUUUUUAUGGAGAGAGCGUUCGAAGAUUUUCCGUUGUCUAAACACAAUACUGAAUUUUUCCGCUGGUCAAAAGGGGGGAAAUAAACGACGUGCGACCAUGUGGAUAGCUGUGGUCACAUGCGGUGACAUCGAUGUAAAUUAUGCUUAAAUUGUUUUGUAGAAAGCGGCGAGUUGCUCGGUUUCCGUAGCGGUAGUGGUGACAGCUGCGGGAGCCCGUGUGUGAGGGAGAGGAAGGAGUGGUGUGUGUGUCUGCUCGGUGGCGGUGUGGAGAUGGCAGCGGGGGGUUGAGAAGGCAGAUGCCGCAGACAUGCCUAGCUGGCUAUCGCCUACUCUCUGUGAAAGGUUAUCGGCAACUGGUGUCUGUUGAAGCGAAAGAGCGCCUAAUAAACCUCGGAACCCAGAUCAGUUGAUUGGAACAUGUCAUCGACAGGGUCAGCGGCGGCAUCACAGUGUCUCUGAUCUGUCAAUCAAAUCACACGCACUGGAAUUACAUGAGUGGCGCGCGGGGUUGGGCGGAUGUGCCAGAUGAAGCAUCGCCGGCAGACAUGGAAAAAAGGUCAACAAUCGCCUGAUUUAAAUUUCAUGAUUUUGGAAGAAAGUUUUUCAUUAGAUGAUUAAUGCCAUUUUCUAAUAAUUGCGAUCACCAUCGAUAAAUUGUCUAGUCACAUCAAUCAAUCAUAGUGUUUAUUAGCCAGCGGCAGCGAGUAGCCUACAGAGAGCAGAGGAUAUCGCCCAUAUCAUUACAGCGAUACACGCCUAUAGGACUGUAAGCACCAAGCAGCGAAUAUGAUGUGCGAGGUGAUGCCAACGAUCACCGAGGGGGACUCGGGGGGUCCUCCCCGGGGUGGAGGGGCUCAGAACGGCUCGGACCCGGAAGCCAACUUCGAGCAACUGAUGGUCAACAUGCUGGACGAGAGAGACAAGCUGCUGGAGUCCCUGCGCGAGACCCAGGAGACACUCAUCCAAUCACAGACCAAGCUGCAGGGUGCGCUGCAUGAAAGGGAUGUGCUCCAGCGUCAGAUCUACGCGGCUCUACCACAGGAGUUUGCCACUCUGACCAAGGAGCUGAACGUGUGUCGGGAACAGCUGCUGGAGAAAGAAGAGGAGAUAUCUGAACUGAAGGCUGAGAGGAACAACACCAGGCUUCUCUUGGAACACCUGGAGUGUCUGGUGUCUCGUCACGAGCGCAGUCUGAGGAUGACCGUGGUGAAGAGACAAGCUCCUCCUCCCUCUGGGGUCUCCAGCGAGGUGGAGGUCCUCAAGGCCCUCAAGUCCCUGUUCGAACACCACAAAGCCCUGGAUGAGAAGGUGCGUGAGAGGCUUCGGGUGGCUCUUGAGAGAGUGACUACACUAGAGGGACAGUUAUCAGCCACAACUCAGGAGCUGAUCAUUGUGAGGCAGAGGAAGGAGGGAGAAUCUUUGGACAGGAAUGAUGCUACCAAACCCACCUGGAAGAGGCUACCUAACGGUUCCAUAGACGCCCAUGACGAUGGCAGCAGGUCAGUGGAGCUGCAGGAGCUUCUGGAUCGGACCAAUCAUGAGCUGGCUCAGAGCCGUGAGCGUUCAGGCACGCUCAGUACACGAGUGGCAGAGCUGGAGGCGGAGCUAGCCAACACUCGCCGAGACCUGAGUCGCAGCGAGGAGCUGUCAGUCAAACAACAGAGGGAACAGAGAGAGGGACUGGCGCAGAGGGAGGAUAUGGAGGAGCGGAUUACAACGUUAGAAAAACGUUACCUGGCCGCUCAGAGGGAAACCACCCACAUCCACGACCUCAACGACAAACUGGAGAACGAACUGGUUACCAAGGACUCUCUGCAUCGACAGAGUGAGGAGAAGGUGCGCCAGCUGCAGGAGCUGUUAGAGUUGGCAGAGCAGAGACUGGCUCAGACCAUGAGGAAGGCUGAGACACUACCAGAGGUGGAGGCAGAGUUAGCACAGAGGGUGGCAGCCCUCACCAAGGCCGAGGAGCGACAUGGCAAUGUUGAGGAGCGACUCAGACAGCUGGAGUCACAACUGGAGGAGAAGAACCAGGAACUGAGCAGGGCACGUCAGAGAGAGAAGAUGAAUGAAGAACACAACAAGCGUUUGUCUGACACAGUAGACCGUCUGCUCACUGAGUCUAACGAGAGACUGCAGCUUCACCUUAAAGAACGCAUGGCAGCACUGGAGGACAAGAACUCCCUGAUUCAGGAUCUGGAGAACUCCCAGAAACAGCUGGAGGAGUUUCACCACACCAGGGAGCGUCUGAUUGGUGAGAUUGAGAAGCUGCGGAAUGAGAUCGACCACUUGAAACGCCGGAGUGGAGUGUUUGGAGAUGGAUCACACCCACGGUCUCACAUGGGCAGUGCCAGUGACCUGCGUUUCUCAGUGGUAGAAGGGCAGGAUGGGCACUACAGCUCUGCUGUCAUCAGACGGGCACAGAAGGGCCGCCUGGCAGCGCUGCGCAACGAACCCAACAAGGUGUGUGCGGUGUUUGAGCAGGAAUACUCGUCUCUACGUGGCAGUGUCAGUCACCUCCUGGGCAGUGACGUGGAGGCUGAGUCAGACCUAGAUGAUGAUGUUAGCUCCGUCCUCCUGUCACCCAGCGGCCAAUCAGAUGCACAGACUCUGGCUCUGAUGUUGCAGGAGCAGCUAGAUGCCAUCAACGAGGAGAUCAGGAUGAUCCAGGUGGAGAGGGAGUCUGCUGACCUCAGGGCAGAUGAGAUAGAGUCUCGUGUGAACAGUGGUAGCAUGGACGGACUCAACGUUACACUCCGCCCCCGAACCAUGCCCAGCUCAGCCACUGCCCAGUCCCUGGCUUCCUCCUCGUCCCCUCCCACCAGCGGACGCUCUACCCCCAAACACAACACCCACAAUGCCAGCCACCAGCUGGGAAUCAUGACCCUGCCUAGCGACUUAAGGAAACACCGUAGAAAAAUAGCAUCUCCAGUGGAAGCUCGUGAGGACAAGGCUACUAUCAAGUGUGAGACGUCUCCCCCCUCCUCUCCCCGCAGUCUGAGACUGGAGACCAACUUCGCCCAGCUCACUGGCAGUCUGGAGGACGGACGAGGGGGUAAAGCGAAGAAGGGCAUCAAGUCAUCUAUAGGUCGUCUGUUUGGGAAGAGCAAGGAGAAGGGCAGGAUGGAGGGAGGAGGGACACUGGGGAGGGAGGGACAGCCUCUGCCUGCCCUGAUGCCGGGAGUAGACUUUGAGAUGAGCAUCGGAGACACCAUGACUCUGGGCAAGCUGGGCACGCAGGCAGAGAGAGACCGCAGGAUGAAGAAGAAACAUGAGCUGCUAGAGGAGGCCAGGAGGAGAGGACUGCCCUUCGCUCAGUGGGAUGGACCAACUGUGGUCUCCUGGCUGGAGUUGUGGGUGGGGAUGCCCGCCUGGUACGUGGCAGCGUGUCGUGCCAACGUGAAGAGCGGUGCCAUCAUGUCGGCCCUGUCGGACACAGAGAUCCAGAGGGAGAUUGGCAUCAGUAACCCCCUGCACCGCCUCAAACUGAGACUGGCCAUCCAGGAGAUGGUGUCCCUCACCAGCCCCUCUGCCCCACUCACCUCUAGAACGUCCUCCGGAAAUGUGUGGUUAACCCAUGAAGAGAUGGAGAACCUGGCUUCCUCCACUAAAGCGGAGAAUGAGGAGGGCAGCUGGGCUCAGACUCUGGCAUACGGGGAUAUGAACCAUGAGUGGAUCGGUAAUGAGUGGCUGCCCAGCCUGGGUCUGCCUCAGUACCGCUCCUACUUCAUGGAGUGUCUGGUGGACGCCCGCAUGCUGGACCACCUCACCAAGAAAGACCUCCGCACACACCUCAAGAUGGUUGACAGCUUCCACAGGGCCAGUCUGCAGUAUGGGAUUAUGUGCUUGAAGAGACUCAAUUACGACAGGAAAGACCUGGACCGUCGUAGAGAGGAGAGCAUGCACGACAUGAAAGAUGCGUUAGUGUGGACCAAUGAACAGGUAGUGCACUGGGUCCAGAGUAUAGGUCUGAAGGACUACAAUACCAACCUGAUGGAGAGUGGAGUCCACGGGGCUCUCAUUGCUCUGGAUGAGACCUUCGACUACAGCAGCCUGGCUCUCAUAUUGCAGAUCCCCAUGCAGAACACACAGGCUCGGCAGGUUCUGGAGAGAGAGUUCAACAACGUUCUGGCCCUGGGCACUGACCGCAGACUGGAGGAGAGUGGGGAUGAUAAGACGUUCCGCCGCUCUCCAUCGUGGCGUAAGCGUUUCCGAGCGCGGGAGGGAGGAGGGGGAAUGGGCAUGAUGGCGGGCUCCAUGGAAACACUGCCCGCUGGGUUCCGUAUGCCCUCCAUGUCCAUGCCCCCGUCCAUGGCCCUGGUGCCCAGGAAACAGCUGCAACCAGAAGCUCCUCCCCCGGCUCCCCAGAGACUCGACCCCUCUGCUGUACGGACGUACUCAUGCUAACUCCACUCCACUUACUAACAGGAGCUAACGUUAACAGUUUAUUCCCAUGACCUGUAUGGACACAUGCUUGCGGCCUUUCGAGAGUGACAUGCCAAAUUUGGGAGAGAUCUUGACGUUAAGGGACCUGUAUCCAGCGUCACCUCUCACCUUCUCCGUGGGACACGUGCAAUUCGGAGGUGACCUCUGACUUUUUGACCUUUGAACUCUGAGCGUGCUCAUUGCCACACUCGCUGCUGUAAAGGAGACUCGGCCCAGUUGCUAUUCCCAGUAAACCCAGUACCCCCAGUAGCCUUGUUGUUGUGGUGUCGUGCUCCCGCAUAGUCCUAAUUCCUAAUCUGUCGGUUCUAGUCCUAAUUCUUUAUCUGUGGGUUCUAUUCCUAAUUCCUACUCUGUGGGUUCUAGUCCUAAUUCCCGAAUCUGUGAGUACUAGUCCUAAUUCCUACUCUGUGGGUUCUAGUCCUAAUUCUGAAUCUGUGAGUACUAGUCCUAAUUCCUGCUCUGUGGGUUCUAGUCCUAAUUCCGAAUCUCUGGGUUCUAGUCCUAAUUCCUACUCUGUGGGUUCUAGACCUAAUUGCUCAUUUGUGGGUUCUAGUCUAACUUUACUCUAGCUCCUGGGUGUUUUCCACCUACACGUCGUCCCCUCGGUUAUGCAAGGUAUUAAUCAUUUAUUGUCUCUCUGUAAAUAAAAUGGAUGACAUAUGUUUUUUUAUAUAAAUAUAUAUAAAUAUAUAUAUUGGAAUUAUAUAUGGAGAAUAUUAUAAUAUAAUUGCUGUAUGAAACCCAAUGCCCUGUAUUCGGUGGUGACUGUUCUAUUUGUGUGUUGGACCUCUGUGUGUCUUAUAUGCUGUCAGUGUCUGGAGUUAUAUGAAGGACUCACUAAGCAGGGGCCUGUUACUCUAUGUGAUACUAAUACUAUGAUUCUCAGCCACAGGUUCUUGGGUCCAGACCUAAACGGUUCAGUUACCUUUCCUGCCUUUUAUCCCCUACUUUCCUUCUCUCUUUUCAUAACUCCUUUCCCAUCUCCUUUCCCAUCUCCUUUUCUCCUUUCCUCCUGCCCUUUCCUAUCUCCACUCGUUUCCUUCCUCUAUUUGACACUGAUGUAGCUACCAUGAGUAGAGUAGGUGAUCCUGUAGAUAUCAGAGGAUACAGGAUGAGCUGUGUGUGUAAAUGAAAGCAAUAGGCUCCAAUAUUUGAGACUUAAGGGAAACAGCAUGUUAGGAAAGCCAAACCCUCCUAGACUAACCUCCAUGGAUGGAUGGUGUUGUUUUUCUCUACUUCCUUUCAAAUCAAACAGUAAAUUGCUGCUAGGCAUCAGCCACACGAAAAUCCUCACAAACAGGACACCUGACAGAGACAGUGAUGAUGCCAUAUAUGGACUUUUCCCCUGCCGCCCCUUUCCUGUCCAGUUGCCAUGGGGAUGUGAAAGUGGCCAAUGAUGCUGCCCGAGCACUAGCACGUGUUGUGUGUAUGACCUCCUCUCCUCCAAUGAGAGAGCUCUGUCAGUGAACUAGUGAAGUGUUGGAUGGGUGUAUUUCUUUUUAUUUUACAGCCAAUGUUUUAAAGGUGUCUAAAAUAUGUUAUGUGUUACUGUGGCAGCUACGAGUACUGUGUGUGUAUUUAUUCCAGGUGUGAAAUGAUGCUGACAAAUCAAGAUUUUAUUAUUUGGCUAUUUAAAAAGUGUAUUGUAUUUAUGACACUAUAGACAUAAGUAAAGCUGUUUUUUGUAAA